AUGAUUUUUUCAUCUGAAGACGAAGUUCGUAAUUUUUAUAAAUCUUAUGGUCAGAGUGUUGGUUUUGGUAUCUCCAAACUUGGUGGUAAAAAUGGAGAUGAUAAUAAACAAAAAUAUUUUUCCAUCGGAUGUGCCAAAAGUGGUAAUAGAGUAUCUCGUUCGAAAAAUGUAUUACAACCGAGACCUUAUACUAAGACGAAUUGUAAAGCCAAAAUUAAUGUUAUUGUUCGAGAUGAUAAAACUUUUGAGAUCACUUCUGUACACCUUCAACACAAUCAUAAUUUGAGCCCUGGAAAAUCAAGACAUUUUAGAUGUAAUAAAAUGCUCGAUUCAACUACAAAGAGAAAAUUGGAGUUAAAUGAUCAAGCUGGAAUAACUUUAAGUAAAAGUUUUCAAUCCUUUGUAGUUGAGGCUGGAGGUUAUGAUAAUCUACCAUUUGAUGAAAGAAGUUGUAGAAAUUAUAUUUCAGAAGCUAGAAGAUUGAGGUUAGGGGAUGGAGAUGCUGAAGCAUUAAGUAAUUAUUUUUGUCGAAUGCAAAGUAGGAACUCAAACUUCUUCUAUGUGCUUGAUUUAGAUGGUGAAUCUCGAAUUAAAAAUGUUUUUUGGGCGGAUGCUAGAUCAAGAGCUACAUAUGAUUAUUUUUCUGAUGUCAUUACAUUUGAUACAACCUAUUUAACCAAUAGUUAUGACAUGCCAUUUGCUCCAUUUGUUGGGGUGAAUCAUCAUGGUCAAUCUAUUUUACUUGGAUGUGGAUUAUUAUCUUGUGAAAAUAUAGAAUCAUUCAUAUGGUUAUUCAAAUCUUGGUUGACGUGUAUGCUUGGACGUGCUCCAAAAGCUAUAAUUACGGACCAAUGUCGCGCAAUGACAAUUACAAUUGAAGAGGUAUUUCCGAAUUCUCAACAUCGUUUAUGUCUUUGGCAUAUAAUGAAAAAAAUUCCAGCUAAAUUAGGUAGUCAUUCUCAGUAUAAAAUGAUAAAGAAACAAUUGAAGACCAUUGUGUAUAACUCCCUUACAGUUGAUGAAUGUGAUGAGAAUUGGCAGAAAAUGAUUAAGGAGUUUAACUUGGACAAUAAUAUUUGGUUGACAUCUCUGCAUGAAGAACGUAAUAAAUGGAUGCCUGUAUAUGUCAAAGAUAAAUUUUGGGCAGGUAUGUCCACAUCUCAGAGAAGUGAAAGUAUGAAUGCAUUUUUUGAUGACUAUGUGCAUUCUAAGACAUCAUUAAAACAAUUUGUUGAGCAGUAUGAUAAUGCUUUGAAGAGUAAGAUUGAAAAUGAAAAAAAAAUGGAUUUCAUUUCUUUCAAUUCAAUCAUGCCCGUAAUAACUGGUUAUCCUAUUGAGAGACAAUUUCAAAGUGUGUACACUAACACGAUAUUAAAAUUGUUUCAAGAUGAAUUAAGAGGAUUAAUGUUUUGCAAUGCCUCACUAGUAAAAGAAGAAGAAACAACUUUGAUAUUUGAAGUAGUAGAGACUAUGUUGGGGACAAAAGGAGAACCCCUACGAAAAGUUUGUUUUGUGGUACAUUACACUGGUAAAUUCCGAAGAUGA